CGCUAUAAUUUCCAGACGUGAGGAUUCCAAGAAUUACAGUAUACUAUAGAAGAAAAACCUUUUGAGACAUUCUGUUUUCUCAAUGGCUCACAGGUUAGACUUUUAGUACCAUGUACAGAAUAGCAACUUUUGUUUGUCUUUUAAGUAACAAACUGUUUCAAUGAGAUGGUUAUCAUUGGUGGUACUUAAGUCUAAACAACAGUGCUGUUUUUGUUUCUUUCAUGAAGAUGUUGACUUAGAGGGCUAGCUUAUUAAGAAAUAUUAUAAUAUAAGACUUUUUAUGAGUUAUUCUUGUAGUUUUUUAGUCAUUAGAAUAUCAACAAUUAUUGUAAAAUUGUUCAAAACUAGGAUUCUUAUUUUUGGGGUAGACAUAAUUUUUUCCUCUCUUGCACCUGCCAAAAGGAUGUCAUCCAAAGAGAUGGCUAGGAGUGGCCUCAUUAUUUACUUAAGAUGUGUCCACUAAGUCCCUGGGUUGGGUUACAUUACCUUGGCUUCUGUGGAUCACUGAAUGCUAAGUGCUCUACAAAACAGAAAUAUUGGGAACCCUGAUCUCCAAAACCUUGAAACUGUUAUUGGUUUCCUUUACUGCUUUUAAGAUGUAGUGUGCAUUAUAGGCAGAUUGAGUGGCCGUAUUGUCCAGUUUGUUUAAUCUGCCGCCACACGAUUCCGUGUCGUUGGGACUAAUCCUCCUCCUCCCUGAUACAAUCUCCGCCCUUCCACAGUAACAACAACCAGCUAUGGAAACCACCAAACCACUCACAAAUAUUGUGACUCCCAGGAUUUCCUCUGCAUUCACCGGUUGGAAGUCCAAGGCUGGUUGCUUGUUAACAUGAACCAUUAGCGAAAAUUGGCAGACAAUCAAAUGUAUCAUGAUUGUGCCUGGGAAAAAAGGGUCCCUAUUUUCCCACGGAUUCAGGUGUAACACAGUUUAGACUGUUGUCGACUACAGAUAAUCUGGUUAGUUAACAACAAAAGAUCUGGUAGAUUUGAUUAGGGCCAUCUCAUCCUCAUCUGUUACAACUAAGAUGGCUGCUUAUUGUAACCUUAUCCUUUGUUUUCAAACGGCACCUCUCCCAAUCUAUUGUUGGACCUGUACUAAAGUUGUAACAUGUCUAAAUUGAAGGCUAACUUCAUUAAAGCUACUUAGACCAAAAAUUAGAUAUCCCCUCCAUUGAGUUUCUAUUUUUCUUUAAGUUUUAACGGAUCCAAAAGAAGUUAGUUUGUCGGUAAGAAAUAACAAGUUGCGCAAAGUGCUUGUUGUAUUGCUGUUCUUUGCUCCACUUUUGCGAAGGAUUAGCCCACGUACUUACCUGCCCACACAUUUCAGACACAAUUUAUCUUGUUACCAAUUUCCAAGCAGUCAUGUUGAGUAGCCUGCCAUGGAAGCAUGUUUCAAAACAGCCAGGCAAUUAGUGGGGAGGACACCGGCGACAUGUUGGCCAGCGACAUGUGUGCCUUACCAAGCUUCGAGGACCUUGCGAUGUCAUGGCGGAUCGGACAGAGCAUGUACUCCGACCAUCAGUGCGAGACCCCACAGUCCCACUCCUCGCCGUCUCCCUACGGGUCUCAGCUUGUGAACACACAGGACGGACAGGUGCCACUGUCCGAUGACAUUAUUCUACAAGACCUGGCCAUCAGGGGGAUUCCUUCCCAGCAGCCCAUGCCGGGGAUGAGGAUGCCACCUCCAGACUACCUGCCUCCGUUCCUGAUGGACACCCUGACUCAGCUGCAGACCUACUCCAUGCCAGACAGCACGCCCCCUGCAGCCAUGUCUCCAGCCUCCAUGCAGUCAGCGUCAACUCAGAAGUUUUCCCUGCAUGCCCCCAUGCCCAUGCCCCCGCCCUUACCGGCCCAACCGCACAGCACUUCUGCUCAGCGUUCUGGCUCGCAAAAUGACAGGAGACUUACAAAGGAGGCUAUGCGACAGUACCUGAGGGACAGGCCCCAAACAACUGUGGUCAUCAUGACAGCCAAGGUUGCACAGAAGUCAUAUGGAAAUGAGAAAAGGUUUUUCUGCCCCCCUCCCCUGCUGUACCUGAUGGGUGAUGGAUGGAAGCACCGCCUGCAGCCGGUGGGCUUACCAGGGGAGGCUGAGAACGAGGCCCAGCCCUACGCCUUCAUCGGCAUCGGCAGUGCAGAACAGGAGAUGCAGCAGAUGAACCUGGAGGGCAAGAACUGGGCAGUAGCAAAAACUCUCUUCAUCUCGGACACGGACAAGAGAAAGGCCUUUGAGCUGAAAGUGAAGCUGUUCUAUGGAACAGGUGAUGAUGUCGGGAUGUUCUGCAGCAAGAAAAUCAAGGUCAUCUCAAAACCCUCCAAGAAGAAGCAAUCUUUGAAAAAUGCUGAAUUGUGUAUCCCAUCAGGCUCCAGGGUGGCCCUGUUUAACCGGUUACGCUCACAGACCGUCAGCACACGCUACCUCCACGUGGAGUCUGGUAACUUCCACGCCAGUUCGCAGGAGUGGGGAGCCUUCACCAUACACCUGUUGGAGGAGUCCCAGUCGGAGAGUGAACACUUUACCGUACGAGAUGGCUACAUCCACUAUGGGUCCUGUGUCAAGCUGGUGUGCUGUGUCACAGGCAUGGCACUACCAAGGCUGGUGAUUCGAAAGGUUGACAAACAGAUGGCCCAUAUGACAGCUGAUGACCCGGUGUCCCAGCUGCACAAGUGCUGCUUCCACCUGAAGGACUCGGACAGGAUGUACCUGUGUGUGUCUCAGGAGAGGAUCAUCCAGUUUCAGGCAGCAGAAUGUCCCAAAGACCCCACCAAGGAGAUCUUGAAUGAUGGUGCAGCCUGGACGAUCAUCAGUACUGACCAGGCUGAGUACAGCUUCUGUGAAGGGAUGGGGCCAGUAAAGGGGCCGGUCACACCUGUGCCGAUAGUGGAUAGUCUGCAGCUGAAUGGAGGAGGAGAUGUUGCCAUGCUGGAACUGAAUGGAGAAAACUUCACCUACAACCUGAAGGUGUGGUUUGGGGACGUGGAGGCAGAGACUAUGUUUAGGUGUGCCGAGAGCAUGCUGUGUGUCGUUCCUGACAUCUCGGCCUUCCGAGGCGGCUGGCGCUGGUUCCGACAGCCCACGCAGGUGCCGCUGUCUCUGGUCAGGCACGACGGCGUUAUCUAUGCAACAGGUUUAACAUUCACCUACACCCCAGAGUUGGGGCCACAGCCCCCUACAAUGGAAGAAGCCAUCAUGUCUAAUCCAAUCAGACCCAUACCUGAAGACACAUCAAUCACAUUUCCAACCAAUCAUUAUCCAGACCUGGAGCAGCUGUGAUCGAUGCUGUUUGAGGAAGGUUGUUGUGAGGCAUCGUGAAGAAACAACUCAUUGCCUGAUUUAGACCUGUUGGCUUUCAUA